CGCGUAUCGAAGCUAUCGUCCCCUUGGUUCUUCCACGCAUUUCUGUAUUUUCUGCAACGACUAGAUCCAAGAUCGUCAAACGUCCGACCAUCGUUCCUCUGUUCUGAAAAAAUUCCAUUUCAACCCUCAGAAACAUCGAUUAUUUCCCACUUUCUCCCAUUCUCUGCAGUCUAUUUCCUUCAAAUGGUCGAAUUCUAGGGUUUUGCAAGGAAGGGGCAGAGAUGUCUGCCGGAGAUUUCAACGACCGUGAUCUCUUGCUUCGAUCGAAUCCGUCGGGUCCGGAAUCGGAUUUGGAAUCGCAGGCACCGAAGAAGAAGGUGAUUCGGGAUAUUCUGAAGCAGUUGGAUCGACGUCUGUCGGGUCCUCGAUUGAGCCGGAGGCAUCUGGACAGGGAAGCAGAUUCGCCGUUCGAUCGGUCACCGCCACCGCAAGAUUCUCUUAGCGAUGGGGCCCCACCUGAAUGGGCGUUGCUGCUGAUCGGAUGCCUUCUCGGGCUCGCCACAGGGCUUUGUGUCGCGGCAUUUAAUCUCGGGGUUCAUGUAAUACACGAAUGGGCCUGGGCGGGUACUCCAAAUGAGGGGGCUGCUUGGCUCCGUUUGCAGAGACUAGCUGAUACAUGGCACAGGAUACUGUUAAUUCCAGUGACUGGAGGAGUUGUUGUUGGCAUGAUGCAUGGAUUACUUGAAAUUUUUGACCAAAUAAAGCAGCCAAGGUCUUCUCAGAGGCAGGGCUUUGAUCUGCUGGCUGGAGUCUUACCUACAAUAAAGGCCAUACAGGCUGCUGUAACAUUAGGCACUGGUUGUUCUUUAGGUCCUGAGGGACCCAGUGUUGAUAUUGGUAAAUCAUGUGCAAAUGGGUGUUCAGCAAUGAUGGAAAACAACAAUGAAAGGAGGAUAGCUCUCGUGGCAGCUGGUGCAGCUGCUGGAAUUUCUUCAGGGUUUAAUGCAGCAGUUGCUGGUUGCUUCUUUGCCAUCGAAACUGUACUAAGGCCACUUCGAGCAGAAAACUCACCUCCGUUUACAACUGCAAUGAUAAUAUUAGCUUCUGUUAUAUCAUCUACGGUAUCAACUAUCAUACUUGGAGAAAGGCCAGCUUUUACAGUGCCCACGUACGAACUGAAAUCUGCUGCUGAGCUACCUUUAUACCUCAUAUUGGGUAUGUUGUGUGGAGCGGUAAGUGUGGUCUUCACUCGCUUGGUGUCUUGGUUCACCAAGUUUUUUGAGUAUAUCAAGGAGAGAUUUUCUCUUCCCACCGUUGUAUGUCCAGCUUUAGGUGGUUUAGGUGCUGGUCUAAUAGCUCUGAGGUACCCCGGAAUACUGUAUUGGGGUUUCACAAAUGUUGAGGAAAUCCUACGUACGGGGAAGAGUGCUUCAGCCCCUGGAAUUUGGCUAUUAACUCAAUUAGUUGGGGCCAAAGUUGUGGCCACUGCUCUUUGCAAGGGGUCUGGGCUUGUAGGUGGUCUUUAUGCCCCAAGCUUGAUGAUUGGUGCUGCUGUUGGUGCCGUUUUUGGGGGCUCAGCUGCGGAAAUCAUCAAUUCAGCUAUACCAGGAAAUGCUGCUGUUGCCCAGCCACAGGCCUAUGCCCUGGUUGGGAUGGCUGCUACACUGGCUUCGGUUUGCUCAGUUCCCUUGACAUCAGUGCUACUUCUGUUUGAGCUGACAAAGGAUUAUAGGAUUUUGCUUCCACUCAUGGGGGCUGUGGGGUUAGCAAUAUGGGUACCUUCUGUGGCAAACCAGCCUAAGGAGAUUGAGGCAACUGAUCCAAGGCCCCCAAGGCGGGGUUAUUCUUCAGUCUCACCUGUUGAAGACAAAGGUGAGGCUAUUUGGGUGCGACAAGAUGGCGUUAAUGAUGUGGAACUCUCUGACCUGGAAAAUGCUGCUGCCCAUGAAACUGUUGAUGAGGAUGCUGUCUUGGAUGAUCUGAAGGUAUCUCAGGUCAUGUUGAAGAACUAUGUGAAAGUAUUGCCUACAGUAACUCUGAAAGAGACAAUUAAACUUAUGCAUGAUGCCCAACAAAAUUGUGUUCUUGUCGUUGAUGCUGAGGAACUUCUUGAGGGUAUUGCUACUGUUGGUGAUAUCCAGCGGGCGCUGUCGAAGACAUCCUCUGAUACUACCAGGAAUGAUUCAUCCCUUUUGGAUGCAAAUACCUUUCUUGUUUCAACUGUCUGUACUCGAGGAACACACUACCGAGGGAGAGAGCGUGGGCUUUUAACUUGUUAUCCAGACACUGAUUUGACCAUUGCAAAGGAGCUCAUGGAGGCCAAAGGAAUUAAGCAGUUGCCUGUUGUCAGGCGUGGUGGGAACCUGAGAAAAGAACGAAAGCGUAGAGUUGUUGGCCUUCUUCACUACGAUUCAAUCUCACGACAUCUCAGAGAGGAGGUGGAUCGUCGUCAUAAAGCCAUCUACCAGACAAGGAAAGAAGAUGUUAAAGAGAUCUCUGCAAAUGGCCACUAAAUAUGAGAAUGGUUAAGAUUCUAUUUUCAUGGGAUUUCUCCUCACGGGAAAAGUGGGAAGGCCAAAGGGGUAUUGCUGGUUGAGUUUGGAAGAUCCUGAGACAAUGGUAGCCAAAUAUUCACCUCCAUUCUCCCUCAUUGAAUCAGGUCGGUUUUUAUUUUUUCACCUUCGUGCACCUAUAUAUGCAUAUGGGUCCUCUGUAACUAUAACCGUACACAGACACUGUAUACAUGUAAGUUCUAUCCAUGAUUGCAGCUCAUGUACUUGGAAAAAGAAAAGGUUUUUGGAAUUAGAAAAGUUGUUUUACGCCAA